AUGCCUCCAUGCCUUAUUAGAAAAAGUCUCCGGCAGCUGUUUCCCAAUAAACUGAGCAAUUCACCUCUCCCACCGCAAAGAAUUUCACAACGAUUGUUCGGCAUAAAGUCCUUAUAUCCUCCGAAAACGAACCGAUUCAAUGUUGGCGCAGAUAUACCAAUUCUCACAUCCUCACCUUCUGCAGCAUCUGAGCGCAAAGCAAAUACUCUUCCCUUACGCUCUGGCGCUCUCGCCAUAAAGAAGGGUAUGUCUGCCGUUUUUGACCCAGAAACUGGUACAAGAACACCCUGUACCGUUCUCCAAUUAGACAGAGUCCAGGUCAUUUCGCAUAAGACCCGUGAUAAGCAUGGGUAUUUUGCAGUACAAGUUGGGUCAGGGUGGAAACAUGAGGGCAAUGUUACAAAGCCUAUGCUUGGCCAUUUUUCGGCGAAUAGAGUCUCACCAAAGCGAUAUAUUCAGGAAUUCCGAGUCAAAGAUGAAAUGGGUCUACUGCCCGUUGGCGAGAUGAUAAACGCGGAUUGGUUUCAAGAAGGACAGUUUGUUGAUGUGCGAUCUAACAGCCGGGGCAUGGGGUUUUCUGGUGUUAUGAAACGAUGGGGAUUUGGUGGGCAGGAUCGAAGCCAUGGUGUUAGCUUAACGCAUCGAUCUUUGGGAUCAACUGGCCCGAGUCAAGGCGGUGGUUCGAGAGUGUAUCCAGGAAAAAAGAUGCCUGGAAAUAUGGGGAAUGAACAAGUUACGAUACAAAAUUUGAGGGUUCUCAAAAUUGAUGCAGAAAAGGGGCUUCUAGUUGUAAAGGGCAAGGAGUGUUAG